UUCAAUGGCAAGCGAUUUUACUCGAUAUACCGUAUCUGCUUCUCGAUUAAGUACGGCUUCGAGAAGAACCGCCAAAUCUGCCAAGAUGCGUCGACGCGAAGAUCGUAAACGCGCACGGGGUAAAAAAGGAAGUCCAUACGAAGUGGAGUACCUGUUUGGUUCUCUUUCAAGACUGGUGGAUCGGUUUAAUACACUUCAAGGCGACGUUAAGACUAUACUACACACGUUUAUAUCUCUAGCAUAUAUUGAUAAAGCCAAGAAUUUACAAAACUCAUUUGGCAAGCUAGAAGAAGACAUUGUUGCAGGGAUUGAACAAUUAGAUGUGAAUACGAGUGCAUACAUUCCGAUACAAGUCGCGCAAGAUGACGAAACACAAUCGACGCAAGUACAAUUUACAAAGUCAUCCGUUAGGAAACAAGCGUGGAAGAUCGAAGUACUAGAAAAUUUGUGA